GUUAUCUCAGACUCAGACGUCAUUCUAGGAGCACGAAAAAAAGUAAAAACGUUUUGUAUUCAUACUUUUCUAAUACUUAUUGGGACCUCCAGUUAUUCUAAAUUAUAAAUUAGUGAAAGUAGUUAUAAGUGUAUACAUACAAUAUCAAAUGCAUUAACAAAACUAUAUACUAUGGGGAACUCCGGCUUGAAGCAACAUUACGAUAUUGCAUCCAAAACGGGUGUUUUGCAAAUAUCGGACCAUAAAUUAAAAGAUAUACCGGUAGAAGUACUCGGUUUGAGUGAUAUUUUGAGGAACUUAGAUUUAUCAAAAAAUAAGUUGGUACAUUUGCCUGAUGAUAUAAGCAAGCUGAAGAAUUUAAAACAACUCAAUGUUGAGUCCAACCGAUUAGAAACAUUGCCUAACUCGAUAGCGAAUUUGAAAAAAAUAGAGUUAUUCAACGCUUCUAACAAUGUGUUAUCGGAAUUGCCAUCCUCCUUCUCGAACUUAAGUAACUUGAAGCAAAUCUACCUGAACAAUAACAAUAUCAAGCAGUUUCCAACACAACUGCUGGGGCUGAAGAAUUUGGAUGUCGUCGAGCUAUCUCACAAUAAGAUUACAGGGAUACCUAGUGGCAUGUCUCAAUUAUAUGCAGCUGAACUGAACUUGAGUCAAAAUGAGAUUUCUUUCAUCAGUGAAGAUCUCCACCAGGCACCAAGGUUAAAAAUCUUGAGAUUAGAAGAGAAUUGCUUGAGCCUUGAUGCAAUCAGGCCAAGUUUGCUGCGGGACUCCAAGAUCCACACUGUAAACUUAGACGGCAACCUUUUUGAGUCUAAGCAGCUGGCUUCUAUGGAAGGUUACAAUGAAUACAUCGAAAGAUAUACUGCGAUGAAGAAAAAAAUGUUUUGAAU